CAGAGCGCGCAGCCCAGCGCGCAGCGCGGCGCCGAGGGACGGAGCUGUGGGAGCGCACGGCGGUGCAGGACGAUGGAGCGGUACAAAGCCUUAGAGCAGCUGCUGACCGAGCUGGAAGACUUCCUCAGGAUCCUGGACCAGGAGAACCUCAGCAGUGCAGCCGUGGUGAGGAAGAGCGGCCUGGCUGAACUCCUCCACCUCUACAUCAAGAGCAGCAGUUCUGAUGAAGAGUACAUUUACAUGAACAAAGUCACCAUCAACAGGCAGCAGAAUGCAGAGUCUCAGGACAAAGUGCCAGAGGAACAGGGCCCAUUGAUCAACGGGGAGCUCAGCCUGCACACGUCCGCCCCUCAGAAGAGCCUCCCCGACCUCCCGCCAUCCAAGAUGGUAAGUGUGGGCCCAGGGCCUCUGAUCCCACCAAUCCAGUCACCCUUCUACGCUGAGCAUGCAGAGCCUUUCUUCCCUUCACUGGAGGAUGGAGAGGCAGUGAGCAGCUCUUAUGAGUCCUACGAUGAAGAGGAGAGUGGCAAGGGCAAGUCGGCCCCCUACCAGUGGCCCUCGCCAGAGGCCAGCAUCGAAUUGAUGCGAGAUGCCCGGAUCUGUGCCUUCCUAUGGCGCAAGAAGUGGCUGGGCCAGUGGGCUAAGCAGCUCUGUGUCAUCAGGGACACCAGGCUCCUGUGCUAUAAAUCCUCCAAAGACCAUAGCCCUCAGCUGGACGUGAACUUGCUGGGCAGCAGCGUUGUGCACAAGGAGAAGCAGGUGCGGAAGAAGGAGCACAAGCUGAAGAUUAUGCCAAUGAAUGCUGAUGUGAUCGUGCUGGGCCUGCAGAGCAAAGACCAAGCUGAGCAGUGGCUCCGGGUUAUCCAGGAAGUCAGUGGCCUCUCUUCUGAAGGAGCAUCCGAGGGGAACCAGUACACCCCAGAUGCCCAGCGCCUGAAUUGUCAGAAACCAGAUAUAGCUGAGAAGUACUUGUCAGCUGCAGAGUAUGGAACCGCUGUGGAUGGGCACCCCGAGGUGCCAGAGACUAAGGAUGUCAAGAAGAAAAGUUCAUCUGGCCUUAAACUGAGCAACCUAAUGAACCUGGGAAGGAAGAAAUCCACCUCACUGGAGCCCACAGAGAGGUCCCUUGAGACAUCAAGUUACCUGAAUGUGCUGGUGAACAGCCAGUGGAAGUCCCGCUGGUGCUCUGUCAGGGACAAUCACCUACACUUCUACCAGGACCGGAACCGGAGCAAGGUAGCUCAGCAGCCGCUCAGCCUGCUGGGCUGUGAAGUGGUUCCAGACCCAAACCCUGACCACCUCUACUCCUUCCGCAUCCUCCACAAUGGCGAGGAACUGGCCAAGCUGGAGGCCAAAUCUUCUGAGGAGAUGGGCCACUGGCUAGGCCUCUUACUCUCUGAAUCAGGCUCCAAGACAGACCCAGAAGAGUUCACCUACGACUAUGUGGAUGCUGAGAGGGUUUCGUGUAUUGUGAGUGCUGCCAAAACCUCCCUCUUACUGAUGCAGAGGAAGUUCUCCGAGCCCAACACAUACAUCGAUGGUCUACCCAGCCGGGACCUCCAGGAGGAGCUGUACGAUGACGUAGAGAUGUCGGAGCUGACAGCUGGAGUAGAACCUGCUGGGGAGACCGCCCCUGCCACAGAUAUCAUGACUGAGAGCGAGCUUGACCGAGUCUACCUGGACCUCACGCCAGUCAAGUCCUUCCUAUACAGCCCCAGCGGGGCCCAGGCCCAGGCCACCUCCCCUCCAUCACUGUAUCUGGAUCAUCUGGCUGAUGGCCUCCCUGUAGACCCAAGUCCAGGCCCCAGCCUGGAUGAACUCUGCAGGAAGUCUCCAGAGGACUCGGCAGGCCAGAGGCAGCUGGAGAGCCAGGAGCCUGAGGAACUCACCCUGAAAACCCCCACGGUCAAGUUGCAGGCUGAGCAGCAGAGAAUCUCUUUUCCAGCAAAUUGUCCUGACACCGUAGCUACCGCACCAGCCAGUGCCAGCCCACCCGCGAAGGACAGGCUGCGGGUGACCAGUGCAGAGAUCAAACUUGGCAAGAAUCGGACAGAGGCUGAAGUGAAGCGGUACACAGAAGAGAAAGAACGACUGGAAAAGAAGAAGGAAGAGAUCCGGGGGCAUCUGGCUCAGCUCCGGAAAGAGAAACGAGAGCUGAAAGAGACUUUGUUAAAAUGCACAGACAAGGGAGUCCUGGCCAGCCUGGAGCAGAAGCUGAAGGAAAUUGAUGAGGAGUGCCGCAUCGAGGAGAGCAGGCGUGUGGACCUUGAGCUCAACAUCAUGGAGGUGAAGGAAAACCUGAAGAAGGCUGAAGCUGGGCCUGUGACACUGGGUACCACUGUGGACACCACCCACUUGGAUAGCAUAAGCCCCCGUCCCAAAGCUGCCUCUCCCAUCCCUGUCCCAGACUGCACCCCCGUCAACUCUGCUUCCGUGCUUAAGAACAGGCCUCUUUCGGUCAUGGUCACAGGCAAAGGCACCGUGCUACAGAAAGCUAAGGAAUGGGAGAAGAAAGGAGCAAGUUAGAAAUUCAACACCAUCUAAAGACUCUUGUGUGUCAAUAUGGACCUUCUUGACAAUCCUGCUUCAGUAAAGUCUUCAUUAAAACAGAAACUCUGAGCAAGGGUGAACCUGUUUGGAAGAAAAAGCCAGGACUGGAAUACAACAAAUAAAGAGCUUUGGCUGAAAAAAGGGAAGCUCUGUCCCUUUGCUAAGUCAAAGGGAAUGUAACAGCAACAAAGACUUCUUUGUAAAUCUAAGUCUUUUAGCUGCAAGUCAUUGUUGUAUUUAGGAUGUUCUGUGUUUCACUUUUGAAGUUUUAUCCAUUGCUUUAUCAAGAUUUUUAAGUAGCAAAAAGCUUCUGAUGAUUAGACUUUGAUGGAAGAGAAGUUUAGGUUUCAGGGUCAGGUGGCUUUGUUAACUGAGAAGAUCUAAACACUUGACUGUCGUCACUUAUCUGAUACCUGUCAGUACUGGGGGUUAAACCAUCCUUGCCUCCGGUAUUAGUUGGUCCAUCUCUUCAGUGAUUUUAAACAGCAUUUAUAGCAUUGGUGUAAAACCACUUAAAUUAUGGACUUUGAAGUUCAAACAAAGGAACUGUUUGGGAUGAAGCUAAGACAAUGACUCUACUAAAGUAAGGACUUUUUUUUCCAGUGCAAGGCAGGUCUGAAUCAACUGCUUUUAAAUAAAGUUGUAAGUGAUGCUAUAACAUAUACAAAAAUAUGUUUUAAACUCCAUCAUUUAGAGCAGUGAAAUUUGAAUUUAACUUUACAUCACUAUAGAAAAGCAAUUAUUGUGUUUACAGAUUCAGUCCUGUGAUCAAGUUACUUUUAGGAAAGAAUUAUUUAAUAUAAUAUUCUUUUAGUCCUCAUUUUGAAGAUGUUUUAAUUUCCAGUCCCCUGCAAGAGAAAAAUAUGGUGAAUUGGUUAGGGUAGCCUUCUUCUUCUCUUAAAAUUGGCAGUACUAUUCUCUGUGCUGCUCCAUUUCCUCCUGUGACAGUGUUGUUGGCUAGCAGAGGUUGAAACAUUUCAUAUGUUAUCCCUGCCUUGUUUCUUGGAAUCUGAAUCAGAGUUCUCUAACACUGAUUCCUUAAAGUCUUUUUAAAAUUUUUUAAUUGUAUUUCUAAUCCCAGGGCAUUUAUUUCCUGUGUCAUAAACACUUGGUAACCUUUACCAAGUGGUGAGUUCAUUUUUUUUUUAAAUAAAAUGGUCAUUGUAUUUUGUGUUUUCCUUGCAUUUGAUAAAAUGUCACGGUUAUUUAACUGGCUGAACUUUAGAAUGUGUACAGUUAAAAUUGAUAGAACCACAAGGUAGGAUCCUAGCAAGAGAUUUUAAUCCUCCUUAAAGCAAAUGACCAAAGUAAGCCUGAACAAAGAUUUAAAUACAAUGGACUUAACAUACAUAAAAAAGCUGAAGAAAAUAUUUAUACAUAGGAAAAUGGGGAGGGAGGAUUCAUGUUUCUGGAAGUUAAACAGACUUCUAAAUAAUUCUUGGUGAAAGGAAACAUACCAAUACUUGGAAGAUUGUCUAGGUAGUAACUAAGGAACUUGGUCACAAAAAUUUGCUUACUUAAGAAACGACAGAACAAUACCUUGAUCCUUUAAAAAGAUAAUGCAAUAAAAAGCCAAUGUAAGGCCAUAAAAAGAGGCUUUAAAACAUUGCCAAGAUUGUUUAGCUACAAGAUAAUACUGACUAUAGCAGUGUGAACUUUGAGAAAUAGGAAUUUUCCAUGAUAUAAUUAGUAUUGGUCUGAUACCAAAAAUUCUAUACCUAGUAUAAACAAAGUUAAACCUCACUUUCAAAUUUGGUGAAAAA